AUGGCGAAAUCUCUGAAUGAAAAGGUAAAGAAUUACAUACCUAAUGAUCUUGUAUUUUCUAUUCUAUCAAAACUCUCUUUAAAAUCUUUGAAACGAUUUAGAUGCGUACAUAAAACAUGGUCUGUUUUAUUUGAAAAUCCCAUUUUCAUGAACAAGUUCCGCACUAAUUUAAUAUCUAUUCCUCACUCUUACUACGAUGAUACAUCCAUCCUCCUAAACCAGUAUGUUUAUGAUCCUGAUAAUGGAAUUUGUAGAUCUUUGUAUUUACUUUCUGGUGAGAGGUUUGAAAAUAGAGUCAAAUUAGACUUUCCAAACCCGUUUAAAAUAGAGGAACCUCAAUUUGAUGUUUUGCAGUCUGGUAGUAUUACAGGAAUUCUUUGCCUUUACUCAUUCAACGAAAUUGUAUUAUGGAAUCCAACUAUUAAUGAAUUCAAAGUGAUUCCUCACAACUCUGUUGACUCUGUGCCACCUUAUCGACACAUUCAUAAGGAAAUUUUAGGAUUUGGCUAUGACCCUAUUAGUGAAGACUAUAAGAUUAUUAGGUAUGUAUAUUUUUCUCGAGUAAAUGAUCAAUCUAUUCUUCCUCCUGAUGUGAACUGGGAAGAUUUUGCUCAUUCAAGAGAAAUAUCCUAUGAGCCCGUAUGGGAGAUUUAUAGUCUACGAUGUAAUUUUUGGAAAAAAAUUGACAUUCCUCUUCCUAUAUGUUGUUACUGUAAAGGUGAGGGACUAUACAUGGAUGGAAUAUGUCAUUGGCCUGCUACAUGUGAAGAUGAUGGUCAACAUUACUUGGUGUCAUUUUAUUUGAACAAUGAGGUGUGUUUUAUAACACCUAUACCAAUAGACAUAAAUUUCGAUGAAAACUAUAUCGUCCAGAAAAAGUUAUUGAUGUUAAAUGGAUCUCUUGCUUGUAUUUUAUGGUAUAAAUAUACAACUACCUAUCAUAUAUUAUUUUUGGGUGAGCUCGGCGUGAAAGAAUCAUGGACUAAACUUUUUGUUAUUGAACUCUCUGAUUAUAUUGGUUAUCCUAUUGGGGUGGCAAAGAAAUGUGAUAUAUUCUUCCUAAAGGGAGAUGGAGAACUAGUCUACUUUGAUUUAUGUACCGAGAUGAUAGAGAAACUUGGUUGUAUUAAAAGAAAACAUUAUUCUACUAAAAUAAUUAUUUAUAAGAAAAAUCUCGUUUCUAUUGAAAAAUAA